AUGUUAAUUAAAUCAAUCAUUUCUUUAAAUUUAAUUUCAUCUUCAAAUAAUUCAAAUAUUUCAAAAGAUGAUAAAUUAAAAAUUAUUUCGUAUGAUUUAAAUAAAAACUCAAAUACAAGUCCAAAAUAUGUUUGCAUAUUCACAAGACCAUUAUAUAAUUGUUAG